CUGGGCAUGCCGGGCCGGCGGCGGGCGGUGGGCGGUGCCUGCUCUCCCAUCAUGGCGGCGGCACGGUUUUCCCGUUUCUACCUCUGUGCUUUGAUCCUCAGCGCGGCUGCCGCAGUCUACGAAGACCAAGUGGGCAAGUUUGAUUGGAGACAGCAGUAUGUGGGGAAGCUCAAGUUUGCCUCCUUGGAAUUUUCUCCUGGAUCCAAGAAGUUAGUUGUGGCCACAGAGAAGAAUGUGAUUGCAGCAUUAAAUUCUCGCACUGGGGAUAUCUUGUGGCGUCAUGUUGACAAGGGCACGCCAGAAGGGGCUGUGGAUGCUAUGCUACUCCACGGCCAGGAUGCAGUCACCGUGUCCAAUGGAGGCCGAAUCAUGCGUUCCUGGGAGACUAACAUUGGGGGCCUGAACUGGGAGAUCACUUUGGACAGUGGCAGUUUCCAGGCUCUUGGCCUGGUGGGUCUGCAGGAGUCCGUGAGGUACGUCGCUGUCCUGAAGAAGACCACACUUGCCCUCCAUCACCUCGCCAGUGGGCACCUAAAGUGGCUGGAGCAUCUCCCAGAAAGUGACAGCAUCCAUUACCAGAUGGUGUAUUCCUGCGGCUCAGGGGUGGUGUGGGCCCUUGGAGUUGUUCCUUUCAGCCAUGUGAACGUUGUCAAGUUUAACGUGGAAGAUGGAGAGAUUGUUCAGCAGGUCAGGGUUUCGACCCCAUGGCUGCAGAGUCUUAUUGGAACCUGUGGUGUGGUGGAUGAGGCAGUCCUCGUGUGCCCUGACCCGAGCUCGCGUUCCCUCCAAACCUUGGCCCUGGAGACGGAGUGGGAGCUGAGGCAGAUCCCACUGCAGUCUCUCGAUUUAGAACUUGCAAGUGGAUUCCAACCCCGCAUCCUGGCCACGCAGCCCAACCCAGUGGAUCCUUCUCGGGCCCAGUUCUUCCUGCAGUUGUCCCCAAGCCACUAUGCUCUGCUGCACUACCACCACGGCGUCCUGAGCCUGCUCAAAAACUUCCCACAGACUGCCCUGGUGAGCUUGGCCACUACUGGGGAGAAGACAGUGGCCGCCGUCAUGAGCUGUCUGAGUGAGGCGCAGAAGCCUAGCAGUUCUGAAGAUGGUCCAAUGGGGAGCAUUUCGGAGCAGUCUAGUCCAAAGGAUUCCCUGACCUGCUUCAACCAGACCUAUACCAUUAACCUCUACUUGGUGGAGACAGGCCGACGGCUGCUCGACACCACGAUCACGUUUAGCCUGGAACAGAACGGCACUCGGCCUGAGCGGCUGUACAUCCAGGUGUUCUUGAAGAAGGACGACUCAGUGGGCUACCGAGCCUUAGUCCAGACGGAGGAUCACCUGCUCCUUUUCCUUCAGCAGCUGGCAGGGAAGGUGGUGGUGUGGAGCCGUGAGGAGUCACUGGCGGAAGUGCUGUGCCUCGAGAUGGUGGAUCUCCCUCUGACGGGGGCACAGGCUGAGCUGGAAGGAGAAUUUGGCAAAAAGGCAGACGGCUUGCUGGGGAUGUUCCUGAAACGCCUCUCGUCUCAGCUCAUCCUGCUGCAAGCCUGGACUGCCCACCUCUGGAAAAUGUUUUAUGAUGCUCGGAAGCCCCGAAGUCAGAUUAAGAAUGAGAUAAACAUCGACACCCUGGCCAGAGAUGAAUUCAACCUGCAAAAGAUGAUGGUGAUGGCCACAGCUGCAGGCAAGCUUUUUGGCAUUGAGAGCAGCUCUGGCACCAUUCUGUGGAAACAGUAUCUACCCAAUGUCAAGCCAGACUCCUCCUUUAAACUGAUGGUGCAGAGAACAACUGCUCACUUCCCUCACCCUCCGCAGUGCACCCUCCUAGUGAAGGACAAGGAGACAGGAAUGAGCUCUCUUUAUGUCUUCAAUCCCAUUUUUGGGAAGUGGAGCCAGGUGGCUCCCCCAGUACUGAAGCGCCCCAUCUUGCAGUCCUUGCUUCUACCCAUCAUGGAUCAAGACUAUGCCAAGGUGUUGCUGUUGAUAGAUGAUGAGUACAAGGUCACUGCUUUCCCAGCUACUCGAAAUGUCUUGCGACAACUACAUGAACUCGCCCCUUCCAUCUUCUUCUAUUUGGUGGAUGCCGAGCAGGGACGGCUAAGUGGGUAUCGGCUUCGGAAGGACCUCACCACUGAAUUGAGUUGGGAGCUGACCAUCCCUCCGGAAGUGCAGCGGAUCGUCAUGGUGAAGGGGAAGCGCAGCAGUGAGCAUGUGCACUCCCAGGGCCGAGUGAUGGGAGAUCGGAGUGUGCUCUAUAAGAGCCUGAACCCCAAUCUCCUGGCGGUGGUGACAGAGAGCACGGACACGCAUCAAGAGCGUACCUUCAUUGGCAUCUUCCUCAUCGAUGGUGUCACUGGACGCAUCGUCCACUCCUCCGUGCAGAAGAAAGCCAAGGGCCCUGUCCAUCUCGUGCACUCUGAGAACUGGGUGGUGUAUCAGUACUGGAACACCAAGGCUCGGCGCAAUGAGUUCACCGCAUUGGAACUCUACGAGGGAACCGAGCAGUACAACGCCACGGCCUUCAGCUCCCUGGACCGCCCGCAGUUGCCCCAGGUCCUCCAGCAGUCUUACAUCUUCCCCUCCUCCAUCAGUGCCAUGGAAGCCACCAUCACGGAGCGGGGCAUCACCAGCCGACACUUGCUGAUUGGGCUACCUUCAGGAGCAAUUCUCUCCCUUCCCAAGGCCUUGCUGGAUCCCCGCCGUCCUGAGAUCCCAACAGAACAGAGCAGAGAGGAGAACCUAAUCCCGUAUUCUCCAGACGUACAGAUACACGCAGAGCGGUUCAUCAACUAUAACCAGACAGUUUCUCGAAUGCGAGGUAUCUACACAGCUCCUUCAGGCCUGGAGUCCACUUGCCUGGUUGUGGCAUAUGGUUUGGACAUUUACCAAACUCGAGUCUACCCAUCCAAACAGUUUGAUGUCUUGAAGGAUGACUAUGACUACGUGUUAAUUAGCAGUGUCCUCUUUGGCCUGGUGUUUGCCACCAUGAUCACUAAGAGACUGGCACAGGUGAAACUCCUGAACCGCGCCUGGCGAUAGAGACCAAACACCAAGUACCUGAGAGCCGAGAGCCGAGGAGGCCACAGGCCAGCUAAGCAGCUAUGGCUGCAGUGUGACACAUUCGU